AUGAGCAAUCGUCUUGAACAGAAGAGUACGAGUGCUGAUUCUUUGCACUUAAGCGUGCCUUUGGUGGUUGUAGAUUUUUCUUGUUUCGGCUUUGGAUUACACGUCUGGUGCAACGAUCACCAACACGCUAUUACAACAACGGAUAAUUUUGUAAAUCUCACUUGCUCAAACGAUCAUAUUAUUAGAAUGCAAAUAGAAAAAGGCAUCGAUAAUAUCGAGUUUCAGUGCCAAAAUGAUCUUGCAAUGUUACUUAUUCGAGCAAAAACUCAAGUUUUUGUGCGUGAUAAAAGCCAUCCGUCCCCGGAUGACGGGCAGAUGCCUAUUUUAUGUGUUACACGUGAUUUAUCCGCUUUCAAGGAAUUUAUAAAUCAUUUUAAAAGUUCAAAAAGGAGUGUUGCAAUAAAACCAAUGGAUAUUGAAAAAUUUAAAAUGUUAUUUAAUAAAUAUUUUGAUUCUGAUGGAAAUGUACUUCCAUCUGGAAAAAUCAAUAAUCCAUUGUCAAGGACGCAAUUCUUGAGUCGAAAAUCACCACCAACUUAUAGAUAUGGAAAUGGAAAAGAAAUUUAUGACGAAGUUUCUGCGAACAGAAGAAGAAAAAGUUUAGAUCUUAAGAGAUCGGAUUCAUCUUCGGAUUUGGCAAAUGAUAUCGCAAAUGAUAUCGAAAUAGAUCUCGAGUCGAGUACAGAGUUUUCAUUAAAAUUCACUGGAACGCGUCUUAAGAAAAAAUAUAAAUCUCCAACAGAUACUGUGACAUAUUCGAGUCGUAGAUCUAGUUAUAGUCCUAAAUCAUCUAGAACUUUCGAUGAUGACUUCAUAAUUUCUCCGAACAAAAGGCGCAAUAGUUUAAUAUCAAGUCAGCGUCAAAAGAUGAACUCUUUUUCAAAUCAAGUAGAAGAAACUGACAUGCGUUUUAGGAGGAAAUAUAGAUCUUCGACUAAUUCGAUCUAUAAUAAAGAAACCUCUCCCACAUACAUACAAGGUAAAACAUCGAGGUGUAUAAAUCCUGUUGUGGUAAUACUUGAUAGUAGUCCUGAUAGAGGCAUUAAAAGACGAGAUCCUACUAGCGAGUUAUUUUAUUACUAUUGUGUUGGUUAUUCAUCAGUUCUAAUCACUGGAGCAGAUUACAAUCGUUUAGUAGACAUGGAUGAGCUAAAUGACAAUCUUAUUGUAUUUUAUAUGAGGAAAGAAUCAAAUGAAAUUUAUGAUCAGAUGUCAAGAUGGAUCAAGAAAAAGAAAAUCGACCUUUUCGACUUUCAAUAUGUUUUUAUUCCAAUCUGUGAACAGCAAGCAUUUCAGAUUUUUUAUUUUGUGCACUUUUUUACAAUUUUUAUAAACAUAAUUAAUAUAUAUUUUUGGUUUAGUGGACAUUGGUAUUUGGCUCUGAUAAUUAACCCAACCGCGCUGGAAGUAAAUAGAACUGCCGAUUGCCAUAUUGCAAUAUUCGACUCUAUUGCUGAGAGUUUUAAGCACAACCGUACUGUUCAUAUUAUUACAAACUUUUUGUUCGAGUACACAAGGGACACAAAACAAGUGACCAUAGAACGAGCAUCAAGGAUUCCUUGUUCGUUGGUAAAUUCACCUAAGCAAAAAAACAAUGUUGAUUGUGGUAUAUAUGUACUUCACUUUACCGAAACAUUUAUGUGGAAUUCUGAAGUUCUCAAACGGCAGAUUAUAAAGGGCAAGACGGAAGAAGAUUCCUGGGAUCCGUACGAUGACCUGCCCAACAAGCGCCAUUCAAUUUUGGCUAUAAUUGAUAGUUUAGCAGAUAAAUAUGCAUCCCAAUCUCGGUCGUAA